AGUCGAGUGCCCUCUACGUUCAUAGUAAGUGCAAUGCAAAUUCGAUAGCAGAAAAUUCUCGGAUUGACAGAAAUCAAGAGCAGACAGAGAGCUGAAGAAAAUCCCAGUUGAUUAACAGAGGAAUGGAUUCCCCAGGAGCAGGAGGACGUGGAGGGGCCAAUGCUGGAGUGCCAGGCAGUGGGCGAAGACGCAGAAAGAAACCACCUCGUGAGAGAGGAAACAGUGAAGGGGGUGGUGGUGGUCGUAAACCUCCACCAAUGAUCUUAUCAAAGGUAGCAGGACUUGACAAUAAGGACAUUGACAAAGCUAGUGGUUCUGAACGCUCUAGUCGACCUUCUCGAGCUGCCUCCCCAGGACCUCAGAUUAAAAUCAAAGUAAGGGAUAGAGAGGACACGCCCACCCAUAGCCAGCCCCUUCCAUCCACCGGUUCACCAUCUCAUACCCCUGUUACACCAAAGCCUGUACCGGUAGCUAAGGUGAAGCAGGGGAGUGAGGUGGAUUCAAGGGGGCGGAGUAGCACCCCUACUGGGAGACUUUAUUCACCAAGCCAGAGAGUGACAGGAGGUCAGAUGCCUGGUAUUUCUAUAGAGGUUCCGAUUCAUAAGAGGUUAGCAUCACCCACUAUGAUGUCACAGCCCAUCAAGCUGAUUGAUAAUGCAUUCCAAUGGGUUGAUGUGGGAUCUGAGUACCUUCUUGAGCAGACUGAUUUCCUAGUGAUUGGUGUCCUAGGUGUUCAAGGUUGUGGCAAAUCAACUCUAAUGUCUCUUCUAGCUGGUAAUAAACAUACAGAUCCUCACAGCUCCUUCAUCUUCAAGCCCCAGACCUCAUCCAAUGGAGAGCAAGCAUUACAUCAGACUACCGGUAUGGAGAUGUACAUCACUGAAGAACGUAUCAUUCUCUUAGACACUCAACCAAUCCUUAGCUCUUCAAUCCUUGAUCGUCUUCUUGGACCUGAUAAACAAACCAUCCCUCCUGAAUAUUCAUCAGCUGAAAAUUAUGCAGAGAUGCAGUCCCUGUAUAUUGCAGCAUUUCUUCUGACUGUAUGCCAUGUUGUGAUGGUGGUGGAAGAUUGGUUUAGUGAUAUUAACAUCAUAGAAUUUAUCAAACGAGCUGAGAUGCUCAAACCAGCAACCCCGCCCCCACCAAGCAACCAAUCAGAGAGCAGUAAUCUGGAUGACCCAGAGGACUUCGUCCCAAAUAUAGUAUUUGUGCAGAAUAAAGCGAGUCGUGAGUGUUUUCAACCCAUUUCUGUCAAUGCUAUGCAACAGGCUAUUCACUCUCUCAUGAUGACAUCUAAACUCAAAUAUACAGGUUGUUCAUCCCUUGCGAGGAGUUCAGUCAUGCCUUGCCUUAGCUCCAAGACUCUCCCUUUAGAUCUCAAUCUAUUCUUGCUUCCAAGAUUGGACUCGAAUAGAAACAGAGAUGAAAAGGAAUCCAAGACCUCUGUUGUGGACUUUGUGGCUGAUUCUGGCUACGUAGGUCACCCAAAACCUGAGAGGUUAGUAAGAGCUUUCAGGAAUCAGAUGUAUGCUGCUAGCAGACCUCUACUAACGCAUUCAUCACUCAAUGAAAAGAACUGGUACCAAUAUGCAAGCAGAACAUGGGAGAAUAUCAAGAAAUCCAGUCUGAUGUCAGAAUACCAUCGACUUCUUACCUGAGGUCAACCUUCUUGACCUUUGUCAGGUGAUGUCAUCAUUAGCCAAUCAAAUGAGAGAGUUAAGAAGUCAAUAGAUUGGCUUCAGCUACCUUGGAUGAAUUGAGUCUCUCUAUUGAAGUUAAUACAGUGAGCUGGUUUUAUCUCACAUAUGAAAUGAGCUUCUAACAUCAGAAAUUUUACUACACCGGAAGCAGGUACUGUAAUGAUGGUAUGAGGAUGCUUCUUAUUGAGACAUUCUGUUAGAGUUAAGACAGUGAUCUUGUUAUAUCAGAUAGUCUCAUGUAUGAGGUGAGCUUCUAACAUGAGGUACACUAACUAUACCAAAAAGCAGGUGACAUUAUGAUGUAGCCUUUGAGAAGAGACAUUAGUAGUAUAUAGAUCGGCUGCUGGUACUGAUGGUAAUUGAGACUUGUUAGAGUUCAGGCAGUGAACUUGUUAUCAUUUUUAAGAUCAUCUUCUAAAUUAAGGGAAAUUUUUGCUUUUCCAGAAGCGAUUGAUGAAAAUGAUAAAGCCUUGGAAAAGAGAUAGACCAGUUGUCUAUAGGUUGGACACAGAUAACUCUGAAUAAAUUCAAUUCAUUUAUUUUAAAGACACAAGGGUCCGUAUUUUGAAGUUAUGGUCUAACUCUGUGCUAAAAUUAUGGGGAGCCAAAUUUUGUUUAUAUUGUAUAUUUCUUAUGUU